CCGCGAUUGGCUGGCGGCGGGGGGGCGGGGAGCGGCGAGGCCGCGGCUGGCUGCAGCGGCGGGCCCGGAGCCCAGAGCGGGCGCGGCGGAGCAUCCUCGGGCACCGCGGCCCCGGUGCGGGCCGCCUUCCUCGCAACCUCCGGCCUCCUAUGGGCGGUGCCGGUGCCAGUGCCCGUGCCCCGGCCCCCGCAAGCCCGUCCCGCUCGGCGUUAGCAUGGGCACGGUGCUCUCGCUCUCCCCCGCCGCCUCCUCGGGCAAGGGCGGCGGCGGCGGGGGGCUGCUGGCCGACAAGGCGCCGGGCAGGCUGCCGGGCAAGGGCGAGAGCCGGCUGAAGCGCCCCAGCGUGCUCAUCUCGGCGCUCACCUGGAAGCGGCUGGUGGCCGCCUCGGCUAAGAAGAAGAAGAACACCAAGAAGGUGACGCCGAAGCCCGGUGGCGGGGCCCCGGGGGGGGCCCCAGGACAGCCCGACCCGCUGGUGGUGCAGCGCAACCGCGAGAACUUGCGCAAGUCGGUGGUGGGGCCGGCCGACGGCACCAAGCAGGGCCCGCUGGCCGUGCCGGUGCCCACCGUGCCCUCGGCGCCGCAGGAGCUGCACCCGGGCUCCGGCGGGGGAAAGCCGCCGCCACCGCCCGCCGGCAGCCGCGCUCCGGGCUCCCCGCGCAGAGUGGUGGUGCAGGCGUCCACCGGCGAGCUGCUCCGCUGCCUCGGGGACUUCGUGUGCCGCCGCUGCUACCGCCUGAAGGAGCUGAGCCCCGGCGAGCUCAUCUCCUGGUUCCGCAGCGUGGACCGCUCACUGCUGCUGCAGGGCUGGCAGGACCAGGGCUUCAUCACCCCAGCCAACCUGGUGUUCGUCUACCUGCUGUGCCGGGAAGCGCUGCGGGGCGAAGACAUCGGGACCCAGGCCGAGCUGCAGGCCGCCUUUCUUACCUGCCUCUAUCUCGCCUACUCCUACAUGGGCAACGAGAUCUCCUACCCGCUCAAGCCCUUCCUGGUGGAGGGCGACAAGGGGCGCUUUUGGGAGCGCUGCCUGGGCAUCAUCCAGCGCCUCAGCGCCAAGAUGCUGCGAAUCAACGCGGACCCGCACUACUUCACGCAACUCUUCCAGGACCUCAAGAGCGAGGGCGAGGGCGGAGACGGGUCCAAGCACUGGACGAUCAGCCUGGACCGCUAGGGAGGUACCGGGCCUCCAGUUCCGGGGUCGGAAGGGGCCGCGCACCGAGGGGUGAGGGAGGCGAAGGACUGCCGGAUCCCCCUCCCCCGCCAAUCCCCGCAUCCUUCUCGCCUUCCCCCCCAUCCCGACCAUCAGCUCCACGGAGACGCUGCCUGGACCCUCCCCGCUCCGGAUCCGGCCUCUCCCCCGCUUCCGACCCCGACUGGGGGCUGCGCUCUGGGACACCGAGACGGCGGAAAAGACCGGGGGAGGGGAGGGUCCCUCCCGCCUGCGCGAUGGAGAGGGGAGGCUGCCGAGCAGCGGAGGCUCUUGGCUGCGUUUUCUCUAGAAAAAAAGGAGGGAGGAGUGGAGCUGAGGGUCGGGGGCAGGGGGUACGGAGGGGGGUGGGGUGGUCUCCUAGGUACUGGGGGUCCCGGGCAGACGGUGCAUGCGAACGAGCUGCCCCACCCCCAGCCGCGGGAAUAGCGGUCCCGCGCGCCGCUGCCGCACCGGAGCUGUCCGCGGUGCUGGAGCUGUCCGCGGUGCUGGAGCCGCCGCGCCUGAGCAGACAAAGGCGGGCGGGCAAGGCCGGGGGAGCCGCGGCCUUUCAUGUCGUGGGCGCUGCCUCCCGACCCCCCGCGUGAGGGGUUUGCUCCCCCAUCCCCCACCCGGCAUGGGAGCCGCCCUCUUGGCCCUUUGUUUGAGCCCCUUGGGCGGGGGUUGGGGUGGGUGCACACCCCGGCUCCUCACAGGUAAUGCCCCCACCCCAUCCUCCCGGUGUGUCCCUGAAACAGGGUCCUGGUGGGGUGAGCGCCCCCUUCACCCCGCUUUUCCGCCUUGGCUUGCUGCGGGGAAAGAGGAGGCCUAGGGAGCCCAUGGGGAAGGGGCCUGCUAUUGAGGGAGGAUUGUCCCUCACCUCUUGCUUUGCUUCACUGGAGAAUAAAGAGGCGGCCUGGACAGGCCUGGUGGUGGCUCCCUGGACUUGCUGGGCUGUGGGGUGCAAGGGGACUAGGGGGCACCCCAAGCUCUCAGUUGUACUCCCUGUCCUCCCCAAGAGGGAUUGGUUGGGGUCAGGUCCACAGAGGUGUUUUUACUCCCCAAUAUGAGUUGGGGGUCAGAAUUUCAGCCCUUUGUUGUGCCCAAGGCCAGUUCUAGUCCACCUAAGUGCCCC